GUGUUCGAGGUCACUAAGAUUCUGCGUCCGUGCUCGAGAAUGCUCAUGAAACCCUCAAGCGCUCACUGCGGACACUGACUAUUCCUUAUGGGACAAGUCCAAUUGAGUAAAUAAUAUUGGAGGGGCGGCGCCAAUCUUUUCUUAAACCACCAUUUGAAGGCACAGCGUCCGCAAUGUCAACGUUCGACUACGUAGAGAUUCCACCAGAUGUGAUUCGUCUGCAAUCAUCUUUAGCCUCUGAUCCCGUUCGUCCGUUCACCAAAAUCAGCACAUCAUUGCCAUCAUGCUCGCCCACUCCUGCAGCAGCGGCUGCUGCGGCCAGCACCACCUUCAGCCCGACAAAGUCACUCUCUACUCUUCUCCUUAACACAUCUUUCCCAGCUUCUAUUCCUACGUCCGCUAGCCCUCGCAAGUCCAGCACAACAUUGCUGAGUACCAGAGACCCGCUCAGUAUUCCAAUUACUACCGUCAAUUUCAGGAGGUUCGUAGCUAGAGUAGGACCCGUGUUUUGGUUGCAGGAUCGAGUGGAGGAGGUCCUUAUGUGGAGGUGCGGGUGGAAGUAUACUGGUGUCUGGAUUGCUAUUUACGCGUUCUUGUGCUACUUUCCUCGCAUGGUGCUCCUCGUACCACAUGCUAUACUAGCAGUUAUAAUGCUAUCUACAUAUCCAACUCCUUCGCCAUACGAAUCGAUAUCAACGAAAAGCCCACCGGCUCCAAUCGCGCCACCUCCCUCAGAGGGGAGCGUUGACUGGCAAGCUAAUCUUCAAGCGAUUCAGAACCUUAUGGGCGCGUUUUCGGAUGGCUACGACACCCUUUCCCCACUUACUCCUCACCUCAUCCAUCGAUCCACUCAUACCUCGCUCAUCCUAACGCUUACCCUGCUCUCUUUCCUCUUUAUGCUGCCAAUGCUGCCUCUAGUACCCCUCCGCCUGCUAUUCUUUAUCCUAGGCGUAUCCCCAUUUGCAUGGACGCACCCAGUCACGCAAAUGCGAAUCAUGCCACUGCUCAAAGGUGUCGUAAACGGGGGCAUCGUAAAGGGAGGCAGUAUCAAGCUCCGCCGCUGGCUCGACGAUGAUAGGCUCGACGACAAACAUUGGGGCGCAGAGAUGCGGGAGGUGGAGUUGUGGGAGAACGAGAGGUGGGCUCCGGGCCCCUCUUUAUCCUCCUCGUUCGGCACACAGGAUGACCUUGAUGCAGUGGGGUCGGGAUUUGAUGUUGUAGAUGGGUCUGGAAGCGCAUUGCUUGGUGCGGGAGCUGGGACGUGGAGCAAGACAAAUUUGAGGCCUGCGGAUCGUGCGCCAUGGACAAGGGCGAGGGACGGUUGGAGUGGAGUGGGUGGGGAAGUGAGCAACCUCACGUUCUCGCUUGCACCAGGCUGGGCAUUCGUAGAGACCGAGGGGUGGAGACCAGACACACUGGGGAGCUGGGUCUCUGCCUCUGGUUCCAAUUAUUUUUCUGCUUCUGGGGAUCCUUUAUUUGGGGCGGACGACAACGGCUGGGUGUACACAAAUGAUGUAUGGGCAGAUCCGUGUCGUAUACCUCUCGAGGCUUGGAAGGCGUUGGGGAUGACACGACGGAGGAGGUGGGUGCGGAGAGUGUAUUUUGAUCCGGCGCUGGUAGAGAGUGCGUAAGGAGUUUUGAUUUUUAUCUAGGAGAUGGAGCAUGUUGAACAUUGUAAUACUUAACAUGAAUGUUGUAGUAUGUUAGACUGUUAAUCAUAAUCAUUUGCAAUUAAUGUUCAACAUUUAUAACGGG